AUGGCAGAGAUAUCCUGGCCUUGGCAGUAUAAUUUUCCUCCCUUUUUUACAAUACAACCACAUGCUGAAACAAGAGCUAAACAACUAGAAGCAUGGCAACAACUUAUUACUGAAUACUUGAAAACAACUAAACAAUCAACCAUAGACAUAAGAGAAUCACAGAACAGUCCACUAUUUAAUAAUGCUACAAUAAACAGAAAGCUAUCACAGGAGUCUUUAUUAACUAUACUAGAGGAUAUGGCAAAGUCUGGUAGAGCUGCACCUGUAGACAAAAGUAAAAAUAUUUGGGAAGUAUACUGGCACUCGCUAGAUGAAUGGGGCAACAUGUUGUACAAUUGGGCAAAUAGCAACGGUCUAAACAAUACUGUUUGCACAUUGUAUGAAUUGAGGGAAGGCGAUAAUACAGUUGGUGAAGAGUUCCACGGUCUGGAUUUGAAUGUCCUAAUUAAAGCUUUAAAGUCGCUAGAGGUUAGAGGCAAAUGUGAAUUAAUAGAGUUUGAUGACAAUCAAGGUGUAAAGUUUUUU